UUCCAGAGACUUUACGUCAGUUCGACAAGAAUGAGAAUUUUCAAACUUACCUUCUUGCUACUUACCAUCUUAGUGAUUCUCUCUGCUGUGGACGUUGGUGAAUGCGGAAAAUUCAAAAACUUUUUCAAAAAAAUUGGAAAGGGUUUCAAAAAAGUUGGAAAAGCAGUCGUAAAAGGGGUCAAGGCGAUUCCGGGGAUCCUUGGAGGAGUGAAGGAAGUUCAAGAUAAUGUGUUGGAUAUUAAAAAUAAAUGGAAAGAAAUUAGAGGAAAUUGAUAUUUUGUGCU